GUCUGCCCAGGCCCCCCGUGCUGCGUCUUCCUCCCGGUAAAGCGCACGUUCCAUGACAGUUUUCAACGAAUUCCACCGAACGGGGUGACGUGAGCGUGCGUGCGCGUGCGUUGCUACAGAACUUCCGCGGGCUUUCGAUUAAUCGGCCCGAAGUCGCGAUGAGCCUAGCGCUCCGCAACCUGCAGCGGGCGGUGCCCCUGCGGCGCGCGCUGCUGCGCCAGAGGCUGCAGGCGGUGCGCGGGGCCCUGGGCGUGCAGGCCUUCGACCUGGGCGUUGUCUGCGUCGACAACCGGAAGAUUCAGCAGAUGAACAGGGUCUACCGAGAGCAAGACACCCCGACCGACGUACUCUCCUUCCCCUUUCACGAGAAUCUGAAAGCAGGUGAAAUCCCCCAGCCCGACUUUCCAGAUGACUAUAAUUUAGGAGACAUUUUCCUGGGCGUGGAGUUUAUCCUCCAGCAGUGCAAGGAAGAUGAAGAUUACUAUGACAUCCUGACUGUGACUGCCACCCACGGGCUCUGUCACCUGCUGGGCUUCACACACAGCACGGAGGCCGAAUGGCAGAAGAUGUACCAGAAGGAGAAGCAGGUUCUCCAGGAGCUGAACAAGCACAUGGGGACCAGGCUGCAGCCCCUGAGCAGAGGCCUCUUCUGACAAAGGUGACGGAGAGUGGCUGGAAGGUGGCCCCAGAGAUCAGGGCGCCCCCACACUGAGGGUGUCUGUGGCCACUGCUGCCCUGUGGGGCAAUUUCCACUCCUUCCUUUGUUUAGGACACAGUUGGUCUGCUGUUUCCAGUGUUGUAAAUAAAAUAGUUCUCUGCUCUCA